AUGCAUCUGAUACUUGGGGAUUGCACCCACCAGACUGUGUCACACAAACCCUUCCCCCCUCGCACAGGCCCCGUCAUUGUCCACCCUGGCCUUGACCCCGACCUCUCCGUGCCGCCCCACAACCUCUCCGACCACAUCCUGGGCCCCGCUCGUCGGCUGGAUAGUCAUGGCCCCACUCUCAAGCGCUUCCAGCCCGUAUGGAUCACCCAAUCCCCGCUCAGCUGCCGGCUCUCGCCCAAAACCAAGGCGCUUAUUUGGAUGCGGUUCCUGGACGGAGCCGGCAGGACGAAAGGCGCUCUCAAGGUGAUGAUUGCGCUGAAUCUGCAUUCGUCGCAGCAGGUGCUGCCGGUGAUCACCAAUCCGAUCCUGACCUCGCUGCGAUACCUGGGGGCUGAGAACGUGUAUGUGUUGGAGGAGACGAUCUGGAUGGGUGUGGACCGGAUCAAGCUGCUCUCGGAGUACCACAACCAGGCGCUGUUGGCCUUCGACAAUGCUGACCGGGCCCUUGACGGGCUCUCCAACCUGGUCUUCAUCGACGACGUCUUCCUCUGUGCCCAGGACAUCCUUGAGCUGCUCUGGCAACACCCCUUGCCACCUGACGACGCCCGCUUGCAUUCGGUGGUCUUCUACAACUCGUGGGUCACCCGCUCGUUGACAGGCAAGACGCUGCGCCCUUGGCUGCAGAUCCUGACGGAGUACAAGGACGGCUACGCGGCAAUCUGCGGGGCCAAGGAGUCGAAGGUCUUCCAGGCCCGCUUCCACAACGUACUCCCCGUGCCCGUGUAUUUGUGCUGGAACGACAUCGUUGCCCUGGCCCCAGCGCCCUUCCGGGGCCCAGAGGGACUCACCUUCCGCGCCGCCAACCGCCUCACUAACGAGUGCUUCAAUAAAUGCCUCCUCGUCCCUAAUGUCGCCGUCACCUACACCCGCAUCAUCUACUAUGCUGACGGCGUUGUCCGCGGCUCCAAUUGCGACAACCGCCCCACGUCCCGUUGA